CACCAGCAGGCGGCCCACACCCCUCACGUCCUCCAUGUCUCCCUGCCUCACCUCCACCACACAACCAACAACCAGAAUCACCAUGUGAAGGAGACACACACACUAGGUGCUCACGGCAACACCUCGGUAGAAAAUGUGCUCUGGGUUGUGGCAGACGACAGGUGGUGUGUGUGUGUGAUGUGCUGAACCUGCUCUACGGUGUCACGUGUUAAUGUGACCACGUGGUGACUUAGUGUACAACAUAACAAACAGUGAUGGUGUACAGUGACACCUGUUAAAGAUCUCUUGUCCAGAAACAGUACAGGCGUGUUUUUGUUAAAUGUGAAGUGUAAUAUCUGUAGAUUAAUGGUAGACAAUGUGGUGAAGUGUGGUGAUAUGAGGGAUUAACUACACUUAUUAUUUACAUACCGUGACUGACACAGUGCACAAAUAUCUUGGAAAUACAGGUGAAAAAGAGAUAAUUCAGGAGAGGAAGUUGAAGGUGCCAGCAGGUGUGCUGCACCACAACGCACCAAUGAGCGCAGUCUGCGCCGGGCGUCUACCAUCACUUAUGAGAUAUCUUAUACCAUGUUUUUUGCAAAUAAAUAAAAAUAAAUAAAAACCAUAAAUUGAAAAAUAUAUAUUAAUUAAAUACUUGUAAAUAAUAAUAUUCGUGUGAUAUUACAAGUAAAGGUAAACGAGCAGUGAAAAUAUGAAAGAUUACCAAAUAGAGAAGACAUCUAAGCAGGACUGUAAGGCAGCCAUUUUGUGGGGAGGUGUUGUGGACGCCGAGCUGAUGUAAACAACCUUGAAGAUAAAGAAGUAGAGUGUGUAGGCGUCCCUCUUGUGGCCCGGUGAACACAAGACUGACACAAACGUCGGGAAAUAUGCUGGUGUUAGUGUUGCGUUCUGGACCACUAUUUUAGCCCCCGAUAAAAGCCUCAGUGAUGGUCUCCUGUACUAAAAUUUUCUCACGGAUUUAAUGCAUAGAAUUCUAAUCUUCCCUUCUCGAGGAUUCAUGACAGAUCAAGACCUUCUGUGAAAACUAAUAAAGCAAAAGACUGUAUUAGUUUCUAGGUCUUGGUAUAGUCGCUUAUCAAGACAAAAAAAAUAAGGUUGUGAAGUGCAGUGCUAAUGAGUUAAGGAUGUUAGCAUAAGUAAGUAAAUAAGCUUGUAAGUGUUAGACUAUUAGAGGAUAUAACGUAUCCUGGGCAUAAAACUGGAACUUGUUUUUGUGUUACGUUCUGCGGGUCACAGUCUACAUUCUCCGAUGCAUUCUUCGUGGACCUCAUGAGAGAAAAUGUCCGUGGGUCAACGAUGCACGUGCUGGAAUAUAACCUAACUAGAAAGAAAAAAAAGCAAAGUAUGGGUCAUGGAUGUUGUGGUGUACAAUUAAUAUUAAAGAGUCUACCCAUUGACGCAGCCUUGUUGACGCAGUGUCUUUAAGGUAUUGGAAGGCUCGUGCAGUAAAUAAGUCGACACCUGAUCAACUCCGCAAUAAAGUAACACUGUAACUCUCCGUCCUGUUGAACGUGAUGGGUCUUGAGGAAAGAUAGUUGGAAGGAUACCGUUCAAGAAUCGUCCAAUAGGAUUACUGUAUAUAUUUCCCGAGCUGUUGAAAGAACCAGAAACUAACUAAACCAAGAAGAAGGGAUCAAGAUGUGAUAUAACCCAAACUUAACGUUAUUUUAAGAGAAAUACACGAACUCCAUGGCAGAAAAAACCCAGCGUGAAUGAUCAAGAUCCUCGCGGGGAAGCUGCCGGAGUGGGUGAACUGUGUCUUGGAAGAGGACCCGGGGAGGUGGGGGUGACGUGAUGGAGGUGCUGCCCACUCAUGAAAUAUACAUCAAGGAAGAACCCGAAGAGGAUGUGAAGGUAAAGGUUGAAGUUGAAGAUGACAGAUGUGGUUCAGUUGUGGGUCCCAAUGUUGACGACCCACUCCUACAAGAGCGAGUCCUCUGUGUUGAAUCUGACGGGCACGAGUUUGCUCUUGGUGAGGACCAUGACGGGGAGGAGACGGACCACGGAGAAGACUUGUCCUCCGACGAAGAAAAUGGGAAACUGGAUAUCCUGGAGUGUCCAAUGUGCAGCAGAAGAUAUUCAACGGCCGCCUCACUCCGAGCACACCUCAGCAAGAAGCACCGGGUGGCCUUGGGACCUUGUUACACCUGUCACCUGUGUGGUGCCAUCGGCCAGUCCAAGGCGACCCUCAAGCGACACCUCCUGAGGACUCACGGUGAACAGAGUAUCCUGCGACCGGAGCUUCUUCGGAAGUGUCGUCACUGUGGAGAAGGACUGACCUCACAAGCAGCGCUGUACAAACACAUCUCUCUGGCCCACGCGGAGGAGCUGGACCAGUACCACCGCUGUCCAGUCUGCCCGGCGCUGGUCAGGAGUCGGCCCUCACUACUCAGGCACUUUGGUAGGAGUCACCCAGGACUUAAGCUCCCAGGGCAGGAGAGUGAGAGAUGUACAGAAUGCAACGCCGUCUUCAGGUCACGCACGGCUCUCAGGGUCCACCUCAAGACCAACCACCCGGAGUCUCUCGUACUCAGGUGUAAGAUCUGUGCCGCCACCUUCAAGUAUCCCUACCUCCUCAACCGUCACAUUAAGGCAGCCCACGAAGAAAAACUAUUGCCCACUCCAAAACGUCGAUACAAAUGUGUGGAGUGUGGGCGGGAAUACCGCGUCAAGACUCACCUCGAGAAACAUGUAAAACACGUACACACACACCCAGAGGAGCGAGUGUUUCGCUGUACACUCUGCAACAUCACCUUCCCAACAAACAAUCAUAGAGUUCGUCACUAUAGAGCAGUACAUCGUGACAGGAAGCGGCCACACUGCAGCGAGUGCACAAAAUGCUUCGACACGGUGGAAGAGUUGAACCUUCACAGACAAGAGCACAAAAUGAAUUGUUCUGUGUGUGACAAAGCAUUUCUACGGCGUGACUCUCUAAGGGAACACCUCCUGAUACACAACGGUCCCAAACUUCCCUGUCCUUACUGCUCCAAGACCUUCACCCAGAACUCCAAUCUCAAGAGGCACAUCCGUAUCCACACAGGUGAGAAGCCUUACAAGUGUACCUUCUGUAACAAACGCUUCGGGGACAAGUCAGCUUGUAACAGUCACAUCCGCGUCCACACGGGGGCCGAACGCUGUAAGUGCCACUUGUGCGGCGCCUCUUUCUCCAAGCGUCAGAAACUCAACUACCACAUGAGGAAACACACUGGGGAGGGCCUCCUCCACUGUCCUCUCUGCACCAAACCAACGACGAAUUCUUAUGCACUCAAGAAGCACGUCGAGACUCACCAACAGGCACUUGUCCACGUGCUGCUCAGUAUGGGGAUGGCGGACGACGUGGAGAAUUGUCCCCAGCUGGCACUGAGAGCACUGCACAACCUGGCCUGCACCACGGUACAGAACAGUGAACACCAUCGCUUGAGGAAAAUGGAGUACGUAGACACGGAGGCAGAUAAAAAGGACGGAAGGGAGACAAAGGUGACUGAGGAUGCACACCGUCGUCGUCCUGACAACACAGACGCAGCUUGUGAGCUUGAACUGAAAAAUGACGACGAAGACGUCAAUCUUGAAUUUACGAGUAUAGACGUGAAGCCGCCGAGGUCGAUCAUCAUCCUAGCUCAUGCCGAGGAAUACACGCAGUCAAGAACAAGCGAAGGUACAGACAUCAGAGAUAACGACCAGUAUAACAGUAAGACUAAUGACGAGAUGAAUCUGUCGUGCAAAUCAGUAGUGGAUGAUGACGCUCUGAAUCAUAAAAAACAUCAGCGUAACGUGAGACUAAAGAAGGAAAAAGAAGAGGAGGAAGAUUUUAGGGGAGUGGUCGCAGAAGAAAACACUAUCACUAUUACAAUGAAUGUGGAACCUUGUGAUAUAAAAUGUGAAGUUGAUCCCUUGGCAUUAGAAGACAGUUAUGUUGAUGUGGAAGAAGGCGACGAUGGGUCCACUGAUGAUUUCCUGAGUAAACAAACAAAAAAAUCAUGGAAGAACAGACGCAAUAAAAUGACAACAGAAGGAAAAUGGACGGGACAGAACAACAGUGUAGAGUGUGAUAAGCAGAGAGACUUGAGGGAUGGUGAAUGUAUAAAGAGAAGGUGUGGUGCUAACAAGGACACUCCGGUGAAAAAACAAAAGCGAAGUGAAUUUUCAGCGGUCGACAAUGACAAUGUGGGUGGUGGUCCCUGUCUGCCCAGUGGAGUACACGAGAAGCCGAUGGUGGUCUUGACGCGUCUGUUGCGCCACAUCCUUGAGUCUUGCUGCCAGAGGUCGGAGGUCGCCGUCACCAAGCCGACCCUCGGAGACCAGUUGGUAGAACAGUGUCUCCAGAUUAUCAUGAACGAUGACGCAAGUGGUGAAGGCGUCCGGGACUUGGGCGGUGAUGCUGGUGUUGAUCUCAGGCUACACCAUGAUUCAUAUACUACUGAGGAUUCUGGUCGACUCUCUGACCAUGAUUUUGAUACAGAUGUUGAUGUUAAAUUUGAUAAAUCUAGUGUUAAUAUUAGCUUAUCCUCAGAGGCAGACUCUGUUGUUAGUAAAAAUAAUAAUGUCAGUGAGGGUAAAAAAGGUUUGGAUGGCAGAAGAAUAGGUGAUAGGAAAUUAAUCAUCCCUGAAAAAUGUGACAGUCCCUCUGAUGCCUCUUGUACUGUUACCUCAACUGAUAAACAUGAAAUUCAUACAAGUGAUUCAAAAAAUAUUUCUAGAAAAUCUAGGACAAAGACGAUUUUUACUGGUGUUAGUGUUGAUACAGAAGCAAAUUUACUUGAAUCAUCCAGACUUGAGUGUGACCUGACCCCUAAACUGUGUGUUGAUGGUGAACUGUUCUCAGACACUUCAGACAGUUGUUAUUUACAGUCUUUGAAUUAUUCCCGUGAGUCAGGUAGAACUGUCACAUGCCCAAAACCUUUAACUUCCAACAAAAGUGAAAAUCAUCAUAAGUCUUUUACAGAAGUCUCUGGCGUGUGUCUGGACCUCAGCCUCAGACGUAAGUGCAGGGAACACCAGAACCAAUCGUCGCAUUCUUCCACAUCCUCUCCAACCAAACUGAACAUUCGUUAUAAGAAAAAACCUCAAGGUGGCCCCUUAAGAAAGUCCAGGAACCAAGAUAAAGAAACAAGUCAGAGUGAGGACUGUGAGAAGAGAACACCAAAGUUAUAUACAAUUCAUAAGACAAAUUCUAAUAAGGCUGAGAAUAUGGAGGUGGUGUCCUGUGACUCUGAUGAAGGCUGUUCAUCCUGCAGCGAUCAUAAGUGUAAAGAAGGAAAUAUUGCCUCAUCACCCAGGGCCUGUAAGAGUAGCCAAGAGGUAAUAAGUGAUGAUUGUGAAGUGCUGAGAGGACCUAUACCAGUACAUUCUGCAGAAGGUGUUGAGGAAAGGGAAGAUUAUAGAAGUGUCAACAGUUUGAAGGGAAGACACCCAAGUGAGAACCACAGUAGUAGCAGAGGUUGUGAUGGAAGAGGUAAGGCUGCAAGUGUAGAUAAACAUGAUGGGAAUAAGCUUGAUCAAACAAGAAUUGUGCCUGAUUCUGUGAAAGGUUUAAGACAUCAGGAGAAGCAGAAAACAGUUGGUAAAGAUUACUGUAAGGACAGAGUGAAGCAGCUUUCACUGGAGGUACGUAAUGUAAAAGGUAAUAGCCUCGUAAAGAGGGAUGUUGACCCUGCAAAUAAAGACGCUGAACCACCGACCGUGAACUUGGAGGAAGUUCCACCAGCAGAUUGGUGUAAACAUUCUAAUCUGAGUAGAGGUUUUGUCAGUUCCUCAACAGACAAGAGACAUCUACCAUUACCCAAAGGGAAGGAAGUGUCUCACCUGUGGAGGAUCAGUCAGACAAGUCCUGCUCGACCUGUUUAUCCAGUUGUAGAAAAGUCAACCAAAUGUUUCUCCUCACCAUCAGUCAGUGUCUCUUAUAAGUCAUACGUACCUGCAGAUGGCCGCGCUGAAGAAAGAACUUGUGAUUAAGAAUUGCUUCCUUGUGGCAGCUGUAUUGAUGGGUGUUGAGAGAAGGGUCUUAACUCCUUCAUGAUACAAUACUGUUGCAGACUAUCACACCAUAUUGUAUAUAAUUAUAAAUCACCCACUGAAAUUAUAGUUAUUGCUUCAACCAUCACUGCAGAGAAACAUUACUUCAGUGUCAAAAUCAAAGUUGAUCUAAAACUUUCUCAUCCGACCGUGUUUAACAGAUUGUGAUUUAAGCUAAGAGCUCCUCUGAUGUGGGUAAAUGUAAGAGUAGGGUUAUCCCAGAAAUGGUUCUGUACGGUCACACUUCUUGAUACAGUCCACAUAGAUAGUUAGAUUACCUGAUAAAUUUAGGUGGACCCUUCUCACCCACACCUGUACUGUACUCUCACAUCCAUCUGCUGGUUGCCCCCAGGGUGGAUGCUCUCUCUCUCACAUGCACCAAAUUUAGUCUUAACUCUUCCAGUUCUCUUUAGCAUCAUUUUCAUCAAGUCCCUCGAGUCGUUACAUUGUAAGUUAACGUUGCAUCUCGUAUCACUGACCUGUUUUGAAAUCUGUCUUCUGCUGUCGCUCAUAUUCCCGGUAAUCCAGCACUGUCUGUGUGUCUCCAGUGCAUUGCUACCUUUCUCUGUCUUCAUCAUUGUUGGUUCGCCACAUGUCUAUGGUCUUCCACCUCACCUGUCGCCUUUAUGCUAUUUUCCCUUACUUCCUGAAUCUCAUUAUAGUACAGUACUGGUAAUACUUUGCUUCUCUUCUUGUGCCGUGACAUGAUUUAGGUGUCUCAUAUUUUUGUAGUUUUCAUCACUCGUUCAUCUCUCACAGUCAUCCAUCCCCAUGAUCGUUCAUACAAUAUUCCAUUUCGUGUCUAGGAUGACAAUUUAUCUCAAGACUUGGAGUUCAGGGCAUUGAUUUCUUUAUGUGUGUGUGUGUGAGGUUCAAUAUUUUGUAGUUGUCUUCAUCUAUCUUGUAAAUAGAGUAUAAAUAUAUACAUAUAUAUAUAAUUGUAGUUGUUACAGAUUUUUUGUGGUUUCCUAAUGUUCAGGAUAUAUUUUUAUAGAUUCAUAGAUGUAUUUUAGCCGUGUGAAUGUAGAUAGUUUCACAGUGUAAAGAAUGCACAGUACAUUUAUUUAGAAUUUCUUAACAGGGAUAUGAUCUUUUUGUGUGUGUACGGCGAAGGUUUAGUAGAGUAUUAUUUAUGUGUUCGGGUGCAGCUGGGAAUGACGUUUGUAGUGUUUACUGAGGUGCUAAACAUCAGUGCAAUACUUGGUGUUUCUGCUGGGUGUGUGACUCGGUUCAAUAGACUUGCUGAGUCGGCAGUGUACAGUAUAUUUUGUUCAGUAGAUUUUGUUGUUGUUGUUGUUAGUCUUUUUUCAUCUUAUGUGUUGCCUGGUGAACACGACCAAAAUAUAGUUAUGUAGUUUUGUCUUUAGAUAUUUAUUUUAUUGAUGACUUACGUAAUGUUGAUGAGUACUGUGAAAUUUUUAUAAACUAUGACAUAUGCCAGGACAAACACUCACACUGUACAUCAUGACCUGACCUUGGUGUAAACACUAUGACCUUGGCUCAGAGAAAAAGUCAUGUACAGAAUUUUUACACCCAGACAUGCCAUGACACUGUUGGCAUGGAAGUGUGUAGUACUGAAGCAAUAUCUUUGUCUCUCACUGUGGUAACUUGGCUUCUGUGCCCACUCAGAUCAGAUGUCAGAAGGAUGUUGUCCAGUGUGACACUUCUGAACAUUUAUGGUUCUUUUCAGUCACUCCACUGUUUGCCUGUACAAAGAACAGACCAACUCCCCAAAUGGCUACUAAAGUGAUAAGUAAUAGAAAUUAUAAAUUAAGAAAAAAUAUUACAGUAUACAACAAUUUACAUUCAUUUGAUCACAAAACAACAUACAGUAUGAUUAUGUUUCCUGCAACAGGAUUACUUGUGGCGCUUGAUGUUCUACUCUUGUUCAUGUUAUCAUCAAUGUGGGGGACUCUUCUGCCAGUCUUUUCUUUACACUGUACUGCCGGAGAAUUACAGUAGUACAGAUUCUGAGUACAGUACAGAACAUGUUUUAUAAAUUAAUUGAGUAAACUCGACUGUACUGUACAGCUAAAAGCGUGGCUGCAGUUUUUGGUGUGUCUAUAGAAUCUUGAUCAUACUUAAAAGAGAAAUAGAUUUUUGUACAUUUUGUGAGAUAAAUCCUUGCAUUAACUAGUGAAGAUGCAGCUUUAGGACAGUUUACAGCUUUAGACAAAAUACAGGUACAAGUUUUGAGCAAUUGUAACAGCUUGUGUAGAGGAAGCACAGGUGUAGAAGUAAGUUAAUGAAGUCUUGAGCAGGUGCAGGGACUCUCUUGAACAGUCAACACACCUGAAGAUAAGUUGAAGAUAAUUGUAAAUCUAUUUUAUAAAUAUUUUUUUAUACCGAAUAUAGACUCAUAAUUUAUUAGGAAACACUUGUGUAUUAUAAAGACAAAAAUAAUAAUGUACAGAAAUGAUUAAAUACUAAUGUUUGAGUAUGUAAAUUACCACUUUAUAUUUUGUGAAGAUGAAUGAACUGUAACAUUGUACUACGGAAGACAGAUUUAUCUGAUCUGUAAUAUGGAACUGUCAGAGAUGGGUUUUAAUAAGGUUGAAAGAAAUUACAGUCAUAGUACAAAUUUUAUAUCAAAAUAAUGAUUGCAGACAUAAAAUCCUGCUGGGUGCACUUUUCCACAUUUUACAGAAUAUUAGUUUGGUUUUACAAGAAGGGACAAAUAACAGUUAUUGAUACCGGUACUUCUUAUUAUUAUUAUCUCCUGUGGUCUUCAGAAAUAUAAAGUUUAAUCCCUUGAAUAUGAUGAUUUAACCCCUGGUAUAUGACUACUGUACAUUAUCCAUUGAGUAUGACAUUAUAACCCUUUGAAUACAAUAACCUGCAUUCCCUCACGUAUGAUGACAGUGUACUUUAGGGGUUAAGUGAAUAUGCUCAAGGGUUAAAUCAUCAUAAUUAAGGGUUUUCAUUGUAAUGUACUCAAAGGUUAAGUCAUUAUUCAAGGGCUUAAGCAUCAUACUCAAGGGCUUAAGUCAUUGUACACAAGGUUAAGUAAUCAUAAAAGGAGUUUAAUAUACUGUAUAUGUAACUUAGACUGGACAGAAGGUAAUAAAUGUCUUCAGUCUUCAACACCUGUAGGAAUCCUUGAUGUACACUCUUCCUGUAUUUCACCAAGUGUUGCUGAAGUCUUUAUUUUAUUUUUCCUAUUAUCAAGUGAGGAGAUGGUCAUGUAGUGGCUGUAAUGUUCGGAGGUUAAAAUUCUGUACAGUAUGUGAACGACCACCUGACAGGUCCUGGUCCACACAACACGUGAGAUGUAUAUGAGCUGUGGAAGUACUUGAAGGUUGCGAGUCAAAUGGAUCUGAAUUCUAACAGUCCUCAACCUAACCUAACCUAAUCUGACCUACUCUACCCUACAGAACCCUAACCUAACCAAACCAUAAGAAUUGGAGAAUCUUAGGACUGGGAUCCAUUUGACCAGCCAACAAGAGAGGUACUUUACACUUAUCAGUUGACUAUUUGUGUUGCACUUCAAAACAUUGCGCAUUGUUGAAUUUUGUUUGUUUGUGAUAAUAAUACGUUGUCUGUUUUAUUGAUGUUGAUUGGAUGACGAGAGUUUUGUUUAAGAACAACAGAUUAUUAUUAUUUUUGUCUAUGUCAUACUCUUAUUUUCUCAGGCUUUAUUUAAUACUGCUUAAUAGAUGUUAAGAAGCAGGUCUUGACUCAGAUUUCAAGGGAAUGUUAAUAUUUUUUUUUUUUUAGUUUGUCAUGAAUGGCAAAUAAACGGAUACAGAUAUUUAAUGAUGA